GAGCGGGUGGGCCGAGCGGCGGGGCCCCGCGCCUGCCGUCUGCUGAGCUCGGUCGCGCGGGGCGCGCGCCAUGGCCGCCUCGCCGGGCUCGGGCAGCGCCAACCCGCGGAAGUUCAGCGAGAAGAUCGCGCUGCACACGCAGCGGCAGGCCGAGGAGACGCGGGCCUUCGAGCAGCUCAUGACCGACCUCACCCUGUCGCGGGUUCAGUUUCAGAAGCUUCAGCAACUGCGCCUAACCCAGUACCAUGGGGGAUCCCUGCCUAACGUGAGCCAGCUGCGGAACAGCACAUCUGAGUUCCAGCCGACAUUUCAUCCAGCUGAUAACGCUCGCGGAACCCGCCACCAUGGGCUGGUGGAGAGGCCAGCCCGGAACCGCUUCCACCCCCUUCACCGAAGGUCUGGAGAGAAGCCAGGGAGACAAUUUGAUGGGAAUACUUUUGCAGCCAGUUACCCUUCGCAGCCCCUGGACGAGAGCUGGCCAAGGCAGCAGCCUCCUUGGAAAGAAGAAAAGCAUCCUGGAUUCAGGCUGACAUCUGCACUUAACAGGACCAAUUCUGAUUCUGCUCUUCACACGAGUGCUCUGAGCACCAAGCCCCAGGACCCCUAUGGAGGAGGCGGCCAGUCACCCUGGCCUGCCCCAUACAUGGGUUUCUGUGAUGGAGAAAAUGACGGCCAUGGGGAAGUAGCAUCUUUUCCUGGGCCGUUGAAAGAAGAGAAUCUGUUAAAUGUUCCGAAGCCACUGCCUAAGCAGCUGUGGGAGACCAAGGAGAUCCAGUCUCUGUCUGGACGCCCACGAUCCUGUGAUGUUGGGGGAGGCAAUGCUUUCCCACAUAACGGCCAAAACAUAGGCCUCUCUCCGUUCCUGGGGACCCUGAACACUGGAGGGUCAUUGCCCGACCUAACCAACCUCCACUACUCGACACCCCUGCCAGCCUCCCUGGACACCAGCGACCACCUCUUUGGCAGCAUGAGUGUUGGGAACAGUGUGGGCAACCUUCCAGCUGCUAUGACUCACCUGGGCAUAAGGAACUCCUCCGGUCUGCAGAGUUCUCGAAGCAACCCUUCCAUCCAAGCCACACUCAAUAAGAUGACGCUGUCCUCGUCCCUCAAUAGUCACCCACAGACAUCUGCAGCCAGUGCAUCCGCUCUUCACCCCUCGCUCCGACUCUUCUCCCUCAGCAACCCCUCGCUUUCCACCACAAACCUGAGUGGCCCCUCUCGGCGAAGGCAGCCGCCAGUCAGUCCUCUCACGCUCUCUCCUGGCCCAGAAGCACACCAAGGUUUUGGCAGACAGCUUUCUUCUACCAGCCCACUGAACCCCUAUCCUGCCUCCCAGAUGCUGUCCUCAGAGCAAAGCCUUUCCUUCCUGCCCACAGAAGCUCAAGCCCAGGUGUCCCCACCGCCCCCUUACCCCACACCCCAGGAGAUGCCUCAACCCCUCCUGCAGCCCCAUGCCCAGGAGCCCCCUGCUCAUCAGCCCCAGGCAGCCCCCUCCCUGCCACAGUCGGAUUUCCAGCUCCUCACUGCCCAGGGCUCAUCUCUGACCAGCUUCUUCCCAGAUGUGGGCUUUGACCAACAGCCCAUGAGACCCAGCCCUGCCUUUCCUCAGCAGGUGCCUUUGGUGCAGCAGAGCCACCGUGAACCACAGGAUUCCUUUCCUUUGAGACCAAACCCGUAUUCCAACUGUGGAACCUUCCCGGACACCAUCCUGACAGAAGAUCCAAGCACCAACCUGUUUAAAGGCCUGAGUGGGGGGCUAUCGGGCAUGCCUGAGGUCGGCUUGGACAUGGACACUCCAUUUCCACUGGAAGAGGAGCUGCAGAUCGAACCCUUGAGCCUGGAUGGACUCAACAUGUUAAGUGACUCCAGCAUGGGCCUGCUGGACCCCUCUGUGGAGGAGACAUUUCGAGCUGACCGGCUCUGAGCAGAAUACAGUGGAGCAGGGGACUGAAAUGGCCAGAGAGCAGAGGCGAGAAUGUAGCCAGCAAACACCCUAACAUCAGCAUCAGCGUGGAGGGAGCCAUGCUGUCCCAGGCUCUCCCCUGAAGUCCUAGCUCAGAGGUCAUGGCUUUUCUAGGCACAGCUGCAUCCUGCCUCUCCGGCCUGUGACACCGUUGUACUGCCGCAGGCCAGCUGCUGUGGAGCUUCUGAUGACUGAGGUCACCGUGUCACCCUUCAUUCUUUGCUGGCCGUCUAGUCAGCGUGUAAACGUAGCAAGUGCUGUGUAACAGGUGCCUCCGUAGCACCACCAGAGCUCCGACCCACAUGUCCCAGUCAGCACCGAAGAUGGGAAGAAGUCAGCAUCAGUUGGGGCCACAGACCCACGGAGUUGGUUCAGCACCACACACGGUACCAGAGCACCACGAUGCCUUUCUGUCUGACCGCCAAGGCCAGGCACCCUCCAGCUGGCGGAUAUUCUGGGCCUAGCCAUUGCUCUGCCAGAUGAUGUAAUGAAGAGGAAGACGCUUACCCACCCGUCCCAGGGCAGGCUGUCGUUAGCAGGCUGAGCUCAGUUUGCUCGCUCUCAGUCUGGUACCUCUUUGCUGCUGCUUCCCUGCGCAUGGACAGGAGAGGGAGACACCUUUGCUCCCUGAAAAGAGUUCCUGGAGCCAGAACGAGCCUAAAGAGGGCAGUGCUCCUUUUAGGAGGCGGGGCGGGGGCACGUCCCUGCACAAGGUGCCCUCCAUCUUAGCCCCUGAAGCCCCACCGGGCAGAGCUGCUGGGACUCCUGUCAGUGCAGCAGCUGAACGGCCCCUUCCCUCCCCAGCUGUCUCUGUGUGAUGCAAUCCCACUAGACUGUAAGCUCUGAGAGGGCAGGAACUGUGCCUUGUUCCUUACUGAACCCCUAGUGCCUGACAGGAAUGAGGGCUGUGUGACUAGCCGGCCGUGGACGAUUGACUAGAUAUGCCAUGCGUAAUAGGGCGGACUGACUGUAGCUAUCGCUAGUCCCUGCUUGAGCUCAGAGCUUCAGCCUUCUCUCACUGGUGCCUUCAGCUCACACUCACCUGGAUAUGCCUUACCACACUGGAUGACCAGCUCCGCACUCACUUGGAUAUGCCUUACCACACUGGAUGACCAGCUCCGCACUCACUUGGAUAUGCCUUACCACACUGGAUGGCCAGCUCCGUCACUAGGCGCAGCAGCCAUCCUCCUCGGGAUUACGUCCCUCAGCAGCUAGGCAGGAAUCAUCCAGAAUGGCUGGGCACACCAGAGCCCCUAAGUGUGGGACACCUGGGCUCUUCACUAGGCCCCCACUGUAGAAUCUUCCUACUCAGACCCAUGCUUUUUAUUCUAAAUUGCCUAAAAUAGAGGUGCAUAGUAAAUGAGACUGGAUUCGUGGGACUCUCAUGAUGCAUUAACACCUUAUCGCCCAAUAAUCUGACCAGAUUCUACCACUACUGCCUCCUGGCCCUGAUUGGGGAAGUGGUGGUGCCCAUGUAGCCUUCAGGGAAGGAACCAGGCCUGAGGAGAUGGCAGGGAUGGGGCUAAAGGAUAUCCUUUGCUCAGACAGCUGCUACCCUCCCUGAAGGCGAGUGUAGCCCAGGCUCAUUGACUUUUCCACCCAGGCAAGCAAGGAUGAAGUAGAAGGAAGCCAACACAUCUGUGCCUGUGGCGAGCGGAGCCUGCACACAGGACCCUGGCUCCCACACCUCUCUACAUCUUGUCAGCAUCUUCUCUUAGGUCUUCUCCAUGAUCCUUCAAACAGCGCUGAUGGUGCUGUACUCCACGUUCCUCUAGGACCCAAGCAUUGUGUAUUCCCUUUAACCUCCAGCUCUGCGGUCUCCGUCCAGUUCCACCCGCCAGAAGAUGCCCCUGGCCUCUGCUUGUGAGCCCUGUUCCCAGUGGAACUCAUACGCUUUAUGCCUGAGAUCAGAGAGGAGCGACUUUAGUUAAAGUGGAAGCUUUUCAUUCUUCAAGCUGCCCUGCACCCCACUGUGCCCACGGAAGCCAGCUCCCGUCAGAGGCCCCACCAUGCCCACUGAAGCCAGCUCUUCUGUCAGAGGCCCCACCAUGCCCACGGAAGCCAGCUCCUCUGUCAGAGGCCCCACCAUGCCCACGGAAGCCAGCUCCUCUGUCAGAGGCCCCACCAUGCCCACGGAAGCCAGCUCCUGUCAGAGGCCCCACCAUGCCCACGGAAGCCAGCUCUUCUGUCAGAGGCCCCACCGUGCCCACGGAAGCCAGCUCUUCUGUCAGAGGCCCCACCGUGCCCACUGAAGCCAGCUCCUGUCAGAGGCCCCACCGUGCCCACAGAAGCCAGCUCCUCUGUCAGAGGCCCCUGAAAUCAGAUCUCAGCCUUUGGGCAGGGACCGGUGCUGAUGUAAGAGUUUAGAGAAAGGGGUCUCAGCACAAUCUGCUCUCUGCAUCGUGCCUUAUCCAUGGAAUUAUUACAUCAGGAGAAGACCGCCUUGUAACGGGAGACCCCAAGACCCCAUACCCUGAAUUACCCUCCCCCUGGGAUAUUCUCCAGCUGAUGGGCUAGUACUGGCAAUGGGGGAAGUCGGUAAAAAACAAAGACAAUACAAUGUAGCACUGAAUUAAAUCUGCUGUUAGGUCCACCAACCCGAUCUUCUCUUCUCGUGGGAGAAACUUUAAGCCACUGGAGAGCCCACCCUGUCUAGAUGGUGUUGAGGACAGGACACCAGGAGACCUUGUCGCCCUACCCUAGCCAUGUAGGCCUGCAUGCACUCGCUGCUGCCCUAGGCCUCGGCACUGAAGUGGCUGCAGGCACCCCAGCCCUACCUGGUCACAGCUGUACUCGUUUUCCUAGCUGUGUGGCGGUCGUGGGGUGUAGGAUGUGAGCGUGAGGAGAAACGCUUGGAUCCCGUCCCAAAUCAGUUCUCCUUUGCCCUGCUCCCUCUCCUAAGUCUACUCUAUCCUCGGAGCUGAAAAGUGGUGUAUUCAUGCUCGUGCACGUAUCUGAAGACAUUUCCUGUUCGGACUCUCCAGGGCUCUUCUGAUUUAUGCACAGAUGGUUCCCAGCGUUUCCACUGCUCCAGGAUGGGGCCAUCCCAGCAACUAAUCAGACUUCCUGCCAGUGUCCUAACUCCCGGCCCUUUGUUAAGCAAUAUUGACAGAUUGGACUUUGUAUAAAGUAGCUUCCAAGUUUUAUAAUGCAUCAUUUUACAUCUUUCGUAAUUAAAAGCAGCACAAUAUGGUUGUA